ACCCAGAACAUCUGUAUUUGAACCGUAAACUCAGAGUUUCCUAUCUCGGGGUUUGUUAACCCAUAGGUCAGGGUUUAUCUCAGAGUUUGUUGAACCUCCUUUCUGGAAUACACCCUUGGUAAGAGUAGAGGAGCCGAGACUAGAUCAUCUAGCAAAUAUUCACUAUCUUUGGUGUCGACGAGCGUCUUUUCGUGUUACGUUUUCACGCAUGCGUGUCAGACAACGUUGACAUAAGAGGGAGGGCCUUCAUCCACAGUCUUUCCUGAUAGUCGGCAGGAGGUUGUGCGCCUGGCCAAGGCGGGAGCGAGCGGUCCUUUCUGCCAACAAACUGUGCCAAGGAAGAAACUAUUCUGUGACAGACAACAUGCCGAAAAAAGACAAAACGAAUAGGAAUACACAGAACCAAGCAGGGCGGGCUCCGGGGCCAGUUUCACGGGAUAAAAAUGGGCUGAUCUCUGUAGCGAUACACGCUAAACCGGGAUCCAAAAAGAAUGCCGUAACAGAUGUGUUCUCAGAGGCGGUAGGGAUCGCUAUAGCUGCACCACCGUCAGAAGGGGAGGCCAAUGCAGAACUUAUCCGGUACCUGUCCGAAGUGCUGGGGGUGAAGAAGAGCGAGAUAACUUUGGACAGAGGUUGCAAAUCAAGAGAAAAACUGAUCAAGGUUUCUGGGUUAGUAAGCCCAGAGGAAGUUCUGGAGAGACUAAAAAAAGCAGCUGCUGAAUGAUGCUAUGAAGCAGAAGGACUCCAUAAUAUUCUCCACAGAUUUUAGAAGGGAGAGGAAUGAAAGAUUUGUGGAACUGGCUGUUCUCACGUGAGAGAGGCUGUAUGGUAAAUUAACAUAUUUUCUAUAUUUUCAUAUAUUGAACAGAGACUCAGCUUGCCUUUGCCAUUGAUGAAUUGACUAGUGUUCUGAUUUUCUGGCUCAUUAUGAAUAUUCUUUAAGGGACAUGGACUAAAACAUCCAUAGUCAAUACAGCACCAGAACCUCCUGUUACCAACCAGAAUCGCUGGAGCUGAUAUUGGGUCAUGACAGGAUAUCUGGUACUGGUUUAUCCACAUGGGAGAGAAUAUAAUGUGCAGCUCAGCACAAACCAUCUGCUCUUCACUGGUUUGUCUGUACCUGGGGAAGGCUGUGAUAGCUUGCUCCACAGAAGUGACUGCUCCCCUCACCAUGCCCAUAUACAUAGCCUAACCAAAAUGAGUAUCCUGAUAUACAUUUAAUGUUUGUUUUUUCCAACUUUCUUUAAUAAUUUGAAAUGAAGAUGCAAUAUGCUGUGAAUUGUAUCUGUCUCAGUUGUGGGUUUAUGCUGUGAGUUCAGACAAUUAUUCAAAGACCAUCAUGGUAUUCUGUUCUCUCUUCCUGCCAUUAAGAUAUACAGUCAUUCAAUCCACCAAAUUGUUACAUGGCAUUUAUUGUUAGGACACAUCACAGAGUGGCAUGUGGCAUAUACAAGUUACAGGAAAUAAAAAAGCACCUAUUAUACGAUGGCAAGAGAACAAUUUAUGAGUUUGCCUGGAGUGAAGCUUUUUUGUUUUUGAUUACAAAAAUGCAUACUACUGGUUUGUGAGUAAAGGUGUCAGUUAUAUAUAAAGGUGUAGUUACGUUAGAGGGCGGAAAACCAGCACAAACAGUUAUAAACAAAUAUAUUACUUCCUGUUGCUGCAUUUAUCACCUCCCUGUAUUACAAGGUUAUUGAAUCCUGUCUAUGGCAAAAAAAUGCCUAAGGGUCAUGACACAGAGCCAGAGCUUGACAAUCCUGCAAUCAAUAAGUGAAAAAGGGUGUAGACAUACUUGGAACAUACCUUUGACAUGUUGAACCAAGGUAUACCUUGGUUCACCAGUGUGUCCAUGGCCCCAAGCUUGGAGAACAACCAAAUACUCCAACUUCUAAACUUCUGAAAGGCCCUCAGCUGAGUCAAUGUUUUACUCCACUGGGUCCAAUUUGCUCCAACAGGUCUCAUGAUUUUCAGCCUGAAUCCAGUCAGUAAGUGUUUGGGAGAUUACGCAGAAAUGUGGAACAACAUUAAUGUUGAAAAGGCAGAAAACAUACAGCUGCGCUGAUUGUUUCCCUUCAGCUACAGUCAGCUGAGUCACUGCUCCUCAGUUGAAACAUCUUUAGCGUGUCAAAAAAUUCAGAUUAUCUUGCAUAAAACUGCAAUUUCUGUAUGCAAAGGAAAAAAGUAUGCAUGGAGUGCAAAUAAGUAUUUUCUCUGGUUUGAAGAGAGGGGAAAAAGUGAGGGGCAGGUCAGGGAGGUAACACAAGAGGUGAUACAAUGACUUUCAGGGGACCUCCUUCUCCUGAAAACCUGUUAUCUCAUACAAGAUCAGAAGGAAAGGUUUUGAAAACUGGCGUGGGUUCCGCUUCUUGCUGGAUAAUGAGAAAGCAUUCUAACAGUAAGUGUACAUAAUUUUAACCAAAAUAAUAAAAUUCAUAAUGACAAUAGUUAACAAGCUGUGAUUGAUU